UCUACCGUUUGAUUGGACGAAGCGUGUUAAGCCGCUUCCCUAUGGGGAGGAGCAUAUGCAAACGACCAGAUGCCCGGUCUGCUUUCCAAUUGGCUGGUUGCUGGAAAGCGGCUUCGAACCAAUCGGACAGCGUCGCUCAGUUUACCGCUCGAUAGCAUAAUAGGUCCUGCGCCUCUGGAAAGGGGGCAAGCCCGUUCAUUUCUCCGGUCUCGUCGAGUCUGUAGGUUUCGUUCGCCAUGUCUGGACGCGGAAAGCAGGGAGGCAAAGCCCGCGCUAAGGCCAAGUCUCGUUCUUCUCGGGCAGGUCUCCAGUUCCCAGUGGGUCGUGUGCACCGAUUGCUCCGCAAAGGCAACUACUCGGAGCGAGUGGGCGCCGGGGCACCGGUGUACUUGGCAGCUGUCCUGGAGUACCUGACGGCUGAGAUCCUGGAGCUGGCUGGCAACGCGGCCCGUGACAACAAGAAGACGCGUAUCAUUCCCCGCCAUCUUCAGCUGGCUAUCCGCAACGACGAAGAGCUCAACAAGUUGCUGGGCAAAGUCACCAUCGCCCAGGGCGGCGUUCUGCCCAACAUUCAGGCCGUGCUGUUGCCCAAAAAGACCGAGAGCCACCACAAAGCCAAGGGCAAGUAGAGGGCUCAUGCGGCACAGCCGACACCAAAGGCUCUUUUCAGAGCCACCCACUCGUUUCCAGGAAAAAAGCUGUUCACGAGGUCUGUCAUCCACUUUUCUUCCCCAGUGGUGUUAGCUUCCAGAACGCAAGUUUUUUGGGUGGGCAGAACGCCUGCAACUUUCUAAAGGUCCCUGGCCGAAGGAAAAGCUACCCUUGUCUGUACCUUUCGCCCCGUGAAGCCCGGAUGGAUGUAGGUGUGCCACCAAAGCAUGUUAAGCUAAGGUGGUUUCUGGGUGGCCCAAGUCCUUAAUUAGGUGUCUGUUGAUCGCUCUAGUGACCGGCCAAAGUGUGGAAGCUGCACUUACAUCAGUAGGGGCGGGCGUC